GCAGGGGCGACACGGUGCAGUUUGUCCUCGACCUCGUGUGGGACGCCACGGACGCGCACAUCGCGGUGCAGGUUGGCGCGCUGCAUGCGGGGCUGAAGGGCGUGCUGAUCAAGUGCUCCGUGCUCGUGGGGCUCGCUCCCCUGCUGGAGGUGUUGCCGAUCGUGGGCGGCGUCUCCGUGACCUUCCCGGACCCGCCCGACCUGAAGUGGCACUGGACCGGCAUCGGCAGGGCCUUUCCACAGAAGCUCGUCAAGACGGCCAUCGAAGACGCUCUGGUCGACCUGAUGGUCCUCCCCUACAUGAUCUUCACAGACAUCACUCCGCCGGACGACAGGCCGAAGAACAUGGACCAGUACAGCAGCCCCGCGCCGCUGGGCGUCCUGCGCGUGGAGCUGGUGGAGGCCAGCGACCUGCGCCCAGCAGACAUCAACGGCCUGUCGGAUCCGUACGUGGUCAUCAAGGUCGGGCGCGGUUCCUACAGGUCCCCGGUGAAGUACAAGAUUCUGAAUCCCCAGUGGGACGAGUUCUGCGGCGCGGACUUCAUGAUCUUCAACAUGGAGCAGAAAGUAAAGAUCUCGGUGUUCGACUCGGACAGCUACUCGUCGGACGACCACCUCGGCAGCGUGUACAUACCGGCUGACGUCGAGGACGUGCGGAGGUGUCCCACGGUGGCCGAGAUGAUGGAAUACGAUAACUCUUGGUGGCCCCUGGACAUCUCGGACUACAAGCACAAGCACAAGUACAAUUCACAGUUGCGAGUCCAUUGUAAGUUCAUGCGGGUGGCGGAGAAGAGGGCGCUGGUCGCGUCGGUGCCCGUCAACUGCCCCGGGGGCUGCGGUCUGGCAGACAAAGCCGGCUACAACUCCGAGUGCUCGCUGUGCAACACGAGGGCGGCUCCGUAUUGCUUGGGUGGCUGUGGUGGCCCGAAG